AUGGACCAGUUCCACGACUGGCACCACGUGCGGCUGCGCAGCCGCGCGCUGGGCACGUACCUCCACGCCGCCGACGACGGGGAGAGCGUCCUCCUCCGCCGGAGCCGCGCCACGCUGAACGCGGCGUGGGCGGUGCACAUCCGCCCAGACGGACGCCGCGGCGUGCACCUGCUGCUCCACAGCGCCGCCUACGGCCGCUACCUCGCCAACACGGCCGCGCCGGCGCCGCCCGGCCACCGCGGCUUCCGUGCCGGGCAACGCGACUACAACCAUCCGAAUCCGGUGGUGGAGUCCAUCAUGUGGAAGGCCGUCGUGGCGGGUUCCCAGGGCGACGUCCUUCUCCGCAACGGCGGCAAUCUCUACCUCCGCGCCAACGGCAGGUACCGCCGCUGGAACACCGGCGUCAGCGUCGACACCGACCACGUCAGCACCAUGGCGCGCUGGGUCGUCGAGCGCAUCCCCCGUAGAGAGGGGGGCGCGCCUGCCAUUCCACCCCCGAUUCCGAUCCGCGCCCCGGGACGCCUCGCCGGGCUCAUCUUGGGGCGCCAAGAGCGCGAGCGCGGUCGCGGAGCGUGGCGGACGAUCCGGUUCUACACCGAGAACGGCUUUUCCCAGGGGCUGUACCCGGAGAACGGCUGGUCCACGUUCGCCUUCUUCGGGAGGUCCGUCUUCCACCUGAGCGAGGAACUGGACAUACACGUCGGCGUCCGCAACGGGAGACCUGCCCCACGGCUCCGUCAUGCGGUGCCUUCUUUCCGAGAGGAGGACCUGCCCGACGGCUUCGUCGUGUGCGUCCGCGCCGGCCGCCAAGGGAGGCUCACCCCACUCGUCAUCGACCUGCCCCACGGCGGCGACGGCGAGACCCUCGAGAUUAUCGUCGUGCUCUCCGGGACUCAAAUCUAUAAUGAACUGCGACACCCGGAUGUCGACGCAGCGUAG